UGGGUCCCUCAUUGGAAUAUCCACUCUUCUACUAGAAUCUCCACCUAUAGACUCUCAGGUCUUGCAUUGGCCUGUUCCUCAUUCCUUCCUUCUCGUCUUUCAGUUAAACUCGCUGUAUCCAUAUCUAAUUCUUCUACUUGCAAUUCACCAUGAACCACGGCACUGUCGCUAUAGCUCUCGUGCAACGCCAGGUCAUGAUCAUUCAGGCCUGCCGAUCGCACGCUCGCCAUGACCGUUGGCUGGAUGUGUAUACAUAUGUACCAUUUGGCGACCGGUUGUUCCUCGCGUCGCCUGUCCCCUAUGCGCGCAUCGCAUCUUCUGACCUUCUGGCCAUAUUCCAUUUCCGCACGCCCACCACCGAUAUGAUCGAGCUUUCUGAACAAGCUUACCAGGAGUUUAUGGAACUCAAUGCAAAACAUCGGCUUAAGUAUGAAAACAUGUGGCGCCGCCGCAAGGCCAGGAGGGCCCUCAGCUGGUGAUUCGCGGUAUUCAGGACACCAGGCGUCCCCACAUAACUCAGGUUUCAGGGUGACCAGAGCACUCAGUUUGCCUU